AUGAGUGCCAGGCCGAGAACUUUGAGAAGCUCUGCGCUGUAUCUUAACAGCACAAACGGAGACGGCGAGAGCAGAGACGUCGUCUAUGAGUGUAAAGUGUACAACAUCUCCAUGCUCUCUCUGUCCGUGUGCGUCCUCACUGUGACGGCUGUCGUGUGCUGCGUGUCCUACCUCAGCCGCUGGAGGCACCGGAAGCGAGCACGCGAGUAUGAAAGCGCUGUGGACUGCAACCUGGAGGAGGAGCAAGGGAACCUAAAGGUCAUGCAGAGGUCACAAAGUUUGCGUAAGGCGCUGCCCGGGUUUCAACCAGCAAAAUCGUUCAGGAAGGACGACUCCUCCAUUUACUACAUCUACACCAAUCCACUUCCUGUCGGACGCCAUGACGAGGACGAUGAUGUUGAGGCCACGCACACCACACUGACAGUAAAUGACCCCAAAAGUAGUAUCAUCCUGGACCCACCCAUCUUUUAUCUGCAGCUGUAG